UCGUGAAAAAUGAAUGGCCGUCUAUGGGCGAUGCUAAGUGGCUCCACCACACGCUAGCACCGGAAAUGAGCAGAAUGGUAACUUCCGCGUACUGUAAAAAAGGUCUACUCUGAGUCCAGUGCUGAGCUGCUUUACCUGUGACCGAAACAAAUGUUAUUUCUUUGAACUGCAGAUCUCUCCAGGUCGCUCUUGGACUUCCAACUAAAGACUCAGGCAAGCAAAUACUGAUGUGUCGGUUGUGAACGAGCCGGUUCAAAGAGCCGGCUCUUUAAUGUGAAUGAUGGAAGCCGGCUCUUGUUUGUGAGCCGUUUUUUUUUCUCUCCCUUUUAACCCCCACAGACUGUAGAAAAAAACUACAAGAGAGAAUGACAGGAUUUCUAUCUGCUUUGUGUAGCAGAGUGGUUCUACGAACAAGUCAGUGCAUUCAUUGGGUGGUUUCAGAGAGAUACAAGGGUCUGUAAACGCAAUGAAAACAAUUGGCUACAACAAUUUACUGGUAUUAGAAAAUGUAAUUUUUACUUGUGAAUGUUUCAGUACAAAGGAUGUACUGAAUUAUUUAAGAGGUUUGUGUACACAUAUGUACAUAUCAUAAGCCAAACACCCUUAAAUUUGGCUGAAUUAGAAAAUGUAUAAGUGGUAAAAUGAAGAACCUUUUGGGAGCCGAAAGAGCCGGCUCUUCUUGGUGAGCUGAGCUGAAUGAUCUGGCUCACUAAAAAGAGCCGUACUUCCCAUCGACAACUCGAAAAAGCACGCAAAAAAGUUAAUUUUAGUCUGGAUUUUUUUAAAAUACUAAUAUUUCUGUAAUGCAGCAACUGAAGAAAAAGUUUCUUUGAAUGAUAAACACCUACACUUUCUUAAUUAGACCAUUAAUUAAACCUUAUCUUACUUUGGCAGUCCUUUUCUAAAGAUAAAGGAUCUGAGGAUUUGUCUCCUAUAAUUUGCCCAGAAUGCUCAUUAGAGGUGGUUUGUACUUUCUCUCUCAGUAUCCGGUAAAUUCAGUGAGUUUUGUCUCCCAUCCUGUCUGCUCCAUGUGUGAACUAAUCGCUCCAGUCUGUGAGCCUGUAAAUGAGAAAAAAGACAGAAUAAGCACCACAGAGGGAUUAUGUUUCUUGGUUGUUCGGGCUCUCGAAUUCUGUCUUUAAGUAGAGGUGAUCUACAGUCGUGGUCAGAAGUUUACAUACAGUGCAUGUUCCUACACUAAAUCUCAUGCUAAAUUCAAGUUACCAACUUGAAUCAUAAAUAAUCUAGCAUCCAGGAAGCCGUAGGAUUAAUGCUUUUGGGAAAUAAAAAGAAAAGGCAAAAAUUCCUCAUAAUUCAAGAUUUAUUGAUAUUUCUUUGCAGAACACUGCUUUUUUAUUGGGUCAUAAGUUUACAUACACCUUUGUCUUCAGGGCUUAGUACUUGGUAGCAUUUCCAUUAAGUUUUAUAACUUCAGCAAGUCGCUUUGGAUAGCCAUCAAUGAGCUUCUCACAGUAAUCCUUUGGAAUUUUUGACCACUCUUCCUGGCAGAUUUGGUACAACUCAGUCAGAUUUGUUGGUCUUCUCUUACGGACUCGUUUCUUCAGUUCACUCCAGAUAUUCUCGAUAGGAUUGAGAUCAGGGCUUUGUGAAGGCCACUCCAGUACUUUCACCUUGUUCUGCUGAAACCAUUUUGAAACUAAUUUUGCAGUAUGUUUCGGAUCAUUAUCUUGUUGAAAGAUCCAAUUUCGACCAAGCUGCAGAGAUUUGGCUGACUUCUUGAGGUUUCCUUGCAAUAUUUCCAAGUAUUGCUCUUUUCUCAUGAUUCCAUUGAUCUUCUGGAGUUCACCAGUUCCUGAUGCUGCAAAGCAACCCCACAACAUGAGACUUCCUCCACUAUGCUUGACCGUUGGGAUGGUAUUGUUGGGAUUGAAGGCUUCACCCUUUCGCCGGAAAACGUAUUGCUGGUCAUUAUGCCCAAACAGUUCAAUUUUCGUCUCAUCUGACCAGAUGACACUCUUCCAGAAGGCUUUAUCCUUACCCUGGUGCUCUUUCGCAAACUUUAGCCGAGCUUUUCUGUGUCUCUCGUUGAGUAAUGGCUUCUUUCUGGCCCGGUACCCUCUCAGCCCAUGUCGAUGGAGAACUCUCUUGACCGUGGACACUGAGACAUUUGCUCCUGAGGCAGCCAAUUCAUUGCAGAUGGCUUUCUUGGUGAUCUUGGGAUUAAUUUUCACCUUUCUGACCAAAAGCUUUUCAUCUCUGGAUGUUAAUUUCCGUUUCCUUCCAGACCGUGGCAUUACGGCUGUUCUUCCAAGGUGCUUGUAUUUGUGGACAAUUGUCUGAACAGAUGCCCUUGGUACAUCAAGCUGCCUUGAAAUGGUCCCAAGAGAUGAGCCUGACCUAUGCAAGGCAACAAUUCGCUCCCUGAUGUCAUUGCUGUAUUCUUUUGACUUUCCCAUUGCAAGUCUCAAGUCGAAAUGCAGAGUGUGUAAAGUGAAGCUCCUUUUAUACCCCAUAAUUUCUACACCUUGGUUUUAACACAACAUGAAUGAACACCAGACUAAAGGGAUGAUUCCAUUAAUUCCAUUUCACAACCUGAUUUCAACUAAUUUGCUCUUAAAUAGGCCAGACAAGUGGGUGUAUGUAAACUUAUGAACCACAAGAAUCUGAGGUCAUCUGGGGAAAUCAAUUAAAAAUCUAUCUUAGGUAAAAAAUUCUGACCUGCCCCAUUGGCAGAAUAAUAAGGAUACUAUUAUUGAAUAACCACAUAUAUGUCUUCAUUCAAAUUGGGUGGGAAGUUGGGUUAAAGCUGUCUUGAAUAGUUUUUGCUCUAGUGUAUGUAAACUUCUGACCUCAACUGUAUGUUUGGUAUGAACCGGAGAAUAAUAACCGUGAGAAACAAAAUCUUUUUACACGCAUGUGGGCUUGAGGUCAUUGUUAACUUUAGACAGCUUCUGACGUGUUUUCCACACAUGGCAGAAAAUGUCACAGAACUGUUUCCUGUGUGCAAAAUAUACUUUGCAUAUGUGUUUAGCACUAAGAAGUAUGUUCCUCAUAUUUCGCACAUGAUCCCUUUUUUUGCACAAGUGAAAUUCCUGUUUUUUUUCCCUUUCAGAAAAGUCAGUAAUAUUGAAACCAUCCAUUUAGUAAGUGAAAGAAGAAGAGGUUACACCCACACAAUUAUUAUCCUUGACAGUCAAAGAACAACAAAUCAGCCAAUCAGACUCCAUUUGUAAAGUGCUUUUCAUUCAAUCAUAACUACAGAGUACAUAGAGAAAAGAUAAAGUCAAUAAAAUAAAUGAAUAAAGAGAAAGACCCCUCAACCCCCCACCAUCAAUAAAGAUGGUAAAUAAAAUUAUGAGGAAAAGACUCAAUAAAAACUUAGAAAGAUAAAUAUGAUUGUGAAGUCUUAAUGAGGACACAUCAGUGAGACAAUGUAUGAGUUGUCAAAAUAGAUGAAAAAUUAAACUAGAUAGAUAAGUAAAGAAAUAGAGAUACAAAAGACAAGAUAAAGGUUUAGUUAAACGCAAGAUUAAAUUAUGGAUCCCACCCUCAGGUUUUUGUUCACGCUUUUACACAUCAUUAAAAGACCUUUUCCUGAAGAGCUGAGGGAUCCCACAGACUCAUAAGUUACACACAGGUCUGGAGUAAGACCAUGAAGAGAUUUAGAGACCGAUAAGAAGAUCUUUAAUUCUAAGAGAUAAUGUUCACCAGUGAAGCGACUUUUAGUUCCACUGUGGGUUCUUUGUCAGCAUUUUCACAGCUGAGAUUUGGAGCAGAAGAAGCUGGGAAAUAUUCUGUAGAGGAGCGUUACAGUCGCAUGAACCGGUCUCUAUACUGGCUUCACCUGCUGACAUGGACUAAAACAGUCCCUGAAGUUUUGUGUUCGGUCUUUUCUCUUUCCUCUCUAGUGCAAUGACUAAAACUUGAGUAUUGCCUGGUGGUAAAGAGUUUUCUACCGCCCAUGAUUUCAUAUCAAGAAUAUAGUUAACAGGGGCAUCAAUAGACCGUGCUCUUUGGUUGCAUCAUACCCGGGGUGGGAAACUCAAACCUUGUUAUCAUCAAUUAUUACUGUGUUCAAGGUCAUGAGUCCUAUGAGUCUUGAUAACCUGACAUGUUGAACUGUUGGCAGUUGCCCUUCGACCAUAUUAUGUUCUAAGGGAGUUCAGUCAUAUCAUGAAAAUACUUGUAUAUGUCCCACCCACGGCAACGGCUGAAGUUCCAUGUUUGUUUUAAAGUUUCAUUGGACUGGAAUUAAGGUGGACUCACUGGAGGAUGUGGUGAAGAGAUGCACUCUGAGGAAGACAUGGAUCAUCAACUUCAUAAUACCUUGAUGGACCAAAAACACAACCGUGGUGGACGGCUUCUCUCUCCUUGCUGCGGGACGGAGACAUUAACUUUAGUACCCACAGCUAUCAAACUUUUUUAACUCUUCUAUAAAUAGUACAUGAGAUGAGGCUCCAGACAAACAAAUGUCCCUUUGGUAUCAAUAAAGCUCUUGUAUUGUAUAGCAUUAGACAGCCAAUUAGCUAACAUCUGAUCACAGUGAAUGUUCCUAGCCCCAGCCACUUCAGUGUGCUUUGGUGGAGCGGCAGUAACUCAGGAGGUGGGAUGAUCGUCCAAGAACCAGAAGGUUGGCGGUUCGAUUCCCUCUAACCCGAGUCUGUCCGUUGUGUCCUUGGGCAAGACACUUAACCCACCUUUUCUCCCAGUGUGUGUCCUCCACUUGUGUAUGAUUGUGAGUGUUGUGCGGUGGUGGUCGGAGAGGCCGUAGGAGCAAACUGGCAGCAAAAGGUAGUUUACCACCACCAGGGUGUGAGUGAAUGAAUGAUGUAUGCAAUGUAAAGCGCUUUGAGGGUCUCUGAUACAGGGCUAGAUGCAUUAUUAUUGAAACAAAAAUCCCAGGGACAAUUGAAAAACAGAAAUUUUGAAGAUUGCGCAGCUCACCCGGGGGAUACGCUGUUUGAGCCUGCCGUAUGCGUACAACGCUACUGCGCUAUGUUGGUGUCAGGAAAUGGAGCAAAAUCGCGGAAAUACCGAGAGCUUUUUAGCUUCAUAUCCAUAUACUGGUGGAAGGCGGAACCAAGUUGUCCAUAGUAUAUACAGUCUAUGGUGCAAACAUAAAUAAAUCAGUAAUAAAUAAAUAAAACCUGAUGUGUUAUCUUCAUAGCAGUAAAAGUUGAUGCUGCGCCUCCCGGUGUUGUUUCUGAGAGGUAAUGUGAAGGUUAAAAAGUGGAGGAUCUAAAAUUAAACCCUGAGGACCUCCACCAUUUAUUUGCUAACAGCUUGAUAAGCAUUCAUCCAAAGUCGUUCAGAAUUUUUAGUUGGUGAGAUAAGAUUCAAACCAGUUGAAAACAGUUCCAGAAACGCCAAUAAGAUAACACAGUCUUUUUACAAGAAAUGUGUGUAUAUCAAAGGUGAAACAAAAAAGAGAGGCAGAGGAUAUUUUUCAUCAAACAUUUAAUCGUGUGCAGAAAAAAAAGUCCCUGUCGUGUUUGCUGGGUGUUAAACUUACUGACCUAUCAACAUGGGAAAUCACACUCUGCACCACAAACAUUUCUGUGUAAGGGAGGGGGCAGCACCAACACACACUGGCUUUACCUCGGUCACACCUUAAUGCAGCAUGUACUCACAGCUUCUUCAGCUUCUUGUGAAACUUUUUAAUUGUGCCAGAAGGAUUUUGUUUUUAAAAUAUUGUUGUCACAGUAGUGCUGAAACAACAUUUUGGUUUCAUUCAUCUCAUUAAAGUUUCACACUGCUCUGAUGUUGUUCUUCUCAGUUUCGCCCCACAGGCAGCACACUCCACCAUCAGUGCACUGAGCCACCUACACCCGCAGACUACCUCCUUCCUCCUCUCUGUCUAACCACAUCUCUCUCUCUCUCUCUCUCUCUCUCUCUCUCUCUCUCUCUCUCUCUCUCUUUCUCUCUCUCUCUUUCUUUCUCUCUACAGAGAAAAACUCCAUCUCAUCUAAACUGCGAGCCCAUGACAAUGGGAAAACCCUUUGAGUCUGAUGCAUGUUUCACAGAGAGGCAGCAGAUGAGUUUGGACACUGAGAGUGCGACACGCAGCAGGUGAGUCCAGUAAUUUUUAGUUCCUCUCUUUGAAAUUGUGUCAAAAUAUUGAUUUGCAUUCCUGAAACUUCUCUCAGGACCGCAGUGAGACUUUAUUAUUUGUUUUAUUUAGUGUUGAGAGAGAGAAGUUUUCAAAAUUGAUAAAAUAGGAGGACAAGGGCGAUGUGAUCAGGAUGGGAUUUUUUUUAAAUCAUGCCAUCAUUUUGACUUUUUUACGUGUUUCAGGGAAAGGACUGUCACACUUUCAUCAAAUUUAAAAAAACUUAUCCCAUAAAGAAAAUUGAUAAAUUCAGAAAUCCUGCAAAAGUUUCUGCAGCUCGCCGUGAUCUAAAAGCUAAACUUUAAAAUCAGAAUCAGUUUAGUGGAGAUUAUGGGAUUGCAGAACACUUUUUUCCCCAUUAACACUUGUUUUUAUCUUAUUUUCCUGCUCACGUGAUCAAUAUUAAAAUCAUACAUGUAAUACAGCUCGUCAGGUGAUCAGCUUGUAACUUGUGAUGUAACUGUUAAACACUUAAACAUGAAGUAGAGGGAUGUGUUUGAAACAGAGUGUAAAGUAUGUCAGUGGAAAUCACCAGCAAACCUCAGUCAGACUCCUAAGUGAGAUUUUAACAGCUUGACAUUUGAUAAGAAAACCACUUUGACAUACCCCUAAAGGCUGCAGCAGCAUGUUCAAAAACACUGAUCGGUUUUCAUGCUUUCUCUCUAUGAGUAAACUUUGCGAGUAAACAACCAAGCCACAAGCGAUCUGUCCUGAUAUGUGCCACUUUCAUCUGCAAGACCCCAAACAAACUCCCACUGUGGUAAAUUCCCACAAAGACAGCAGCAUGGCGCUGGGUGCUGAGUUAGGAAUAGAAAAAAACGACACAAGCAGCCGGACAGGUUUGCCUCAGUUUCCCGGUCUUUGCCUCCAUCCUCUCGCAAAUAUGCAUUUAUAUGAUCUCUUGUGUACAUCUCGACCCUGGUCUAACCUGUUGUGCUUGUAGGCAGGGGUGCCAGACUAUGAGGGACAAGAUGUACUGAGUCUGAGGGGCCCUAAUGUCAGUGUUGGUGAGACACAAUUCUGCUCAACGCCGCUGCUGCUGCUGCUUGUUGCCAUAGCAACAAUCUGCAGCCAAACUGAAGCUGCGUUCAAAAAAAGUAUCAGGGAACAAAAACAGUCGAAUGAAAUAAUGAAUAGUGAACACAAAUGAAUCAGGAAAUAGCGAUUAAACUGUCCUGUUUGUUAUCAGCUUCUUUUACUGACGUGAUAGAAGGUUAAAACGUUCAAGUAACGGUUUUCAAUGUCAGGACGAAGUUCACAUCCGAUUUUGAGGGGACUGUGGUGGACUAACUGGAGACUGACUUUACUGGGGAGGGAUCAAAUGUGUACAAGUGAGUAAAUAGUAUAGGUUUCAGAAAGAAAAAAUAGCUUAAAGUCCACCCACACACUCACACACACAGAGAGUGAGAUUCACUCUUCUUCCUUGAGGCUUUGUUUAACUUCCUUACGGUAAAGAGUUGGUGAAAGUAUUUGACUGACGUAUGGCCAUGAUGGGAAUCUAUAGAUUGGCUCCAGGGUGUUUACUUAACCUUCUGAUUCUGUCAUUGUUGACAAGAGAAAAUGCCUGUAAAUCGUCGGCCUUAUAUCUAGCAGUUCAUCGCGUCAUCUCCUAAACUCAUGCUCUGUCAUAGGAGACGGUGACUUGGAAGUUUUGAAGAGAUGCAAGGAAAAAUCAAACAAUUCAAAAGACUCUAAAGUUAAGCAGUUUCUGCCUGUUGUUCGACUUUUUCUCCUCUCUUGAUUUUAGAGACCAAGGUGUAUUUAAAAGCUGCAGGUGCAUCCCAAAAUGUUAAAAUCAUCUGUGUGAAAUUUUCUCUGAGGAGAGUGCAAAGGAUGAUAGACGCACAUGAGACGAUGGUCAAAGACGACCUGUCUUUUCAUACAGUCAUAAGUCCACAGCUGCAUCAAGACACUGUUGUUUUUGCCAUUCUGUGAUAAAAACAACAUCUGAAUUUCCUGGUGAUGUUAUUUUUUUCAUUUUACUCCUUUUUAAAGUCAGAGUACCAUACAGAUGAUUCAUUUAUUGAACAAUGACAUGGUCAAAGUAUUUUUGACAGUAAGAUUCCCUGCAGGAGUUUGUGGUAGUUGAUUCCUCUCCUGUACAUCUGUUUCAUGAGGAUGCGCAGUUUCAGGAUAUGUUGCAGUAUUUGUCGGAGCCAAAAUGUGAGUUUAAGUUGUGGUCAUUUUAUCUCCUCAUAUGAUGCACUGCUUUAAAUAUUUGGAAUGCAAUUCUGACCAUGAACACUAGAUGGAGCCUUGGCUUUUGGUGUGCAUGAUGCUAACACACAUGCAGAUGUGGAUAGAAGCAAAAAGUUAAUUGUCAGUUUAGAUGUUGCAAUAUUUAUGAUUUAUUUCAAAUUGGUAUUAUGGAUUUAAGAUAUUGUAUGUUGAGGAGAUGAAGUGCAAAAACAGAGCAUUGGAAAUUUAACUCAAACAUGAAUCAAAACUUGUUUCUUAUCAGCACCUUAGUGGCUUAUUUACAGUGUUGUUUGAAUUAGGUGUUUUUUAGCCUGUUUGUUUACAGUUUUAAGUACAAACAAAUUAAAAUCUGCUCCAUUUUAAGGCUAAGAAAGCUACUAGUUGCCUGUUACAACACAGUCAUGUUUUAAGACUUUGGGGUGGAAACUGGUGUUGUGUAGGAGGUGGGGGGAAGGCACCCCUGGUUAACCUUCUAGAUACAACCCUGCCUACAGAUCUAGUCUGUAUAAAGUGAAAGGGCUCCUACUUAAAAAAUACAAUUUUUUAAAUCGAAAGGUUGAAUAAUUCUGCAUCAAAGGGCCUCAAAUUGUCAUUUAAGGGAAAUCUUUUUAAUGCAAAAGUCUUGUCAGUUCACUUAACAACAACUCAGACAUCUGAGGUGUUAGUGGGUUUGUAAGUGGAGUUAAUUCAUAAAGUUACAUUUAACAUACAGAGAAAUGAAGAAAAUAAAACAAAUAAACAUCUUUGUAUGUGCUGUGAUUACAGAAAACAGUAAUAAUAGACACAGAUUAAUCAACGUACAGUAGUAGAAUGAUUUAGAUGAUGCUGAAAACCACAAAAAUGAAGCAAAGAUACGAGAAAGAAAGGAUAGAAUUCGUUAAAAAUGUGUUUAUCCUCCUUAAAUGUCAGACAGUGUGUGUGAUGUGUGAGAUUUCUGUGUGUGUUUCAGAAUGGAGGCUCAGUCCCGGUCCUCUCAGAAGUACUUGCUGCUGCAGGUGUGGUGCGGUCUCCUCACACUGGCGCUGGUGGUCAUGGCUGCACUUCUCACUUCAGUCAGGACAAAGCCUGCUGAGGUCAGUGCACACUCCCGCUAUGUGCCUCUAGGUGGCAGCAAUAUCCUAACAUACUGAUCCUAGAGCUGGAUUAGAGCUACAAGGACAAUCCCCACAUUUUUGAUCAAUAAAUGUGACCCUUUGCAAAGUUUAAAGAAGCCUUGGUAUCCCGAUAUUUUGGAUUAAUCUACCACAGGUUCAGAUUAAUGGUCCAUCACACAGUGCUGGGAAACACGCUUUAUAUAGUACAGCUGUUCCUUCAACCGUGUCCAUUUACUGAAUUGAAUGAAACUGGAAGUUCCUUUUUUUAAACCUUAGAAAUUACAUCCGUUUUACUUUUACCUUUUUUUCAGAUAUUCCAGACAAAUUAUUGAAUAACCUGCUUUUUAUUUCUCCAAAAUGAGAUUUCUCUGUCAGUUAAAUCCUUUUUUAUUUUCUGAUCAGGGUAAAUUUACUCAAUCAUACAUAAAGCUGCACUUUUAUUUUCCAUUUUGUCUCUUUACUUGACACUUUCAUUAUGCAUCUGUGGCUCUUAAAUGAAGAUAUAUGUCAUAAAAGUGCUGAUAAAACAAAAAAUGAUGGUGUGUUUGCUUCCUUCACAGGCCAACGUGGCUUCACUGGAGUCUGAUUUUGUCAUGCCAACAGGUACACUGCUAAAAAGUCAAAGAUCACGGUGUUAACCACUGAAUAAUCUUUAAAUCUUUACAAGUCAACUACUUAUGAGUAACAUCUUUUUCUUUUUCAGACGACUCACCUACAACUCCCUUAAAGUUAUCAGGUAAAUUAAAUAUCUUAUUUGCUACUACAGCCAAUAUUUGAACUUUUUCUGAGGCAAACGGAGAUAUUCAUGUGGAAAUCUUGUUUGUUUUCAGGUUCCUCUCCCUCGUUCAUCCAGCUCAUCAAGUGUGAGUACACCUCCUCUUGUUGUUAAUACGUCAGGUCGGUUUCAUAGCUUUAUCUGAUGUAGAUGUGCACGUGUCGAUGACAUAGACAAAGAUAUCAUAGGUGAGUCUCAGCAAGUAAGAUAGGUCAAACAAAGGAUGCUGCAAAAUCCACAGUCGGUAUGUUUACAUGCACAGUUAAUGCUGUUGCUGCUUAAACCCAGUUAAGUAUAUUUAAUGCCUUAUAAGACAGAAGUAAUUCUCCUUAGAGAUGACUAAAUAUGACAAAAUACUUCACAAAAUGCAGGUUAGGGGGUCUGAGGGAAUCUACCCUAGGAAAAAACAAAUUAUUGUGGUAUGGAAAUACAGCUAAUUUGAGAUUAGAUUACCGGUAUGAGGACAGGGGCACCUUGGGUAAUCUAAAUUAUUUGAAUAACUACUCAGAUCUUUCAGCAGCAACACUACAGUUCAGGAAUACCCCUACAAGAUUUACUCUCUACUGAAAAUCACUGGGGAAUCAGACCAUCAGAUCAGACUUUUGACAAGCUUUUUUACUUGUGUGUAAUUUUGGAUGCACAUCGCUUUGUCGUUGCAGCUGACAAAAGUAAAGCUCAUCUGAUUUGAUCUAAUUAACUGCCCAGCUCUACCCUGAAGCCAUCAUUUCCGGAUUAUUGACUCGCAAAAUAAAAGCUUACUAAACACCAUGUUGACCAAACAUCAGGCAGCAGAUGAGAUAAAUAAAAGUCGUGAUUGGUGAAAUGAAACGCCACAGAAAUGCUGCAGGAUUCCCCUUCCUGUCUGAGAGUGAAAAAACAGCAGUUUAUUUAUGACCUCACUGACCUCAUAUGUGCUCAGGUUUUUUUUUUCUCUGUCAUGCAUGCAGCUCUUCCUGAAGUUUGCAAAACUCUCUAGAGUUCAGAGCACGUGUGAGUGGAGCUUAUGUGGCCACCAUUGUGCAAAAAGCCCCUGAAUCCGGGGAUGUUUCUGUCUGGAUAUUUUAAAAUACAGAUGAAAUCCAGACUAAAGGUUGUCUGAAUACAGCACAGUGAAAUAUCGUAUCUGCAGCACAUCUGGAGUCCAGGAUGGGACCACUUUUAUACCAUCAGGGUAUGGAAGAAAUGAUUGAUGAGAGUCAGACAUGUCAGUAUAUCACAUGAUACUGACCACGUCUCGCCUCAUAUAUGUGACUAUCCUGAAAGUUUUGGACUUGUUUUAGUCAGAUCUAUUCCCUGAUAUAGCAUGGGGGAAUAUUUAGAGGUUUUAUUCGGUGUGUAUUGAACAUCACAUGAAUCUGGACACAGUAUAUUGGGCUUUAGAAGGAAAAUUUUGCCCAGAUAUGAUCCAAACUCUUGAUGAAUUAAAAACCAAAUAACCCCAGAUUCCCGGUGCGCUUUGCUCCUCUCUGUAUUCUUAAUCUGUGUUUGAGUUUGGGGAGGGGGGGAGUCUAAAAUGUCAGCUGAUGGAAGCUUUGGUAAUGUACUUUGAGUUCUUGGAUCCUCAGUCCUCCCCGUUCCUCUGUUUGGUUUUGCUGAUACUUCUACAGAGAAACGUCUCAAGCAUAAACGAUGAAAUGUCAAGUUAAAAGACAUUUCCAGUGACAGCAGACACAUUUUUUAUCUUUCUUAGACAUCAGCAGUCAGUGUCAGGUUCAGCUGCCAGUUUCAAAGAGCUGUCGUUUUUCAUCACAGAGAGAAGAAGACAUCAUGAAUGUUACGCUGAUGUCUCUUUCUAGGUCAGAGGACUCCCCGACUCUGAGGUUUGAUUUCAGCACGGCACCUGACUCGACUCUGUACCGUUGUCACUUUCUGUAAUUACGCUUUAAUGGACAGGAAAUCCAGACAGCCAUGUUUGACACCUACAGGUGCUGCCUGCGGUGAGAGCAGAUGUGCUGCGAGUCAUUCUGAGAAACGUGGGAAGUUUUACUGUAAAGCAGAGGGACUCGGGACAAUGUGAGGAGAAGUAGGUUCACAGGGGAGUCAAUAACAACAAAAUGACUCCAGAUUAGACUGAUAAAUGAAAAAAUCAUCUGAUAGACUGAAUGAGAUCUUGGCAAGUUUCUUUUUGGAUGUGUUAAGGUUUAAAACAAGUGGUUAGUUUAAAUGUUGAAGCUUUUUUUGUGUGUGUUUGUUUUGAAAUGAUCAUGUUUAUUGGACCAAUCAGAGUUAAACCUGGAAAUCUUUAAGCUCAUGGUUUUUAGCUGUUCUGGCAGACGUGUUUGGUCCCCUUUUCCACACACUUAUUUACUUAUACAGAGUUAGCUGACAUGUAUCACUGGCUUUCUAAAGACCCUGUGACAUUACCUAACAAACAACCAGGAAUUAAAGGGAUAUUCUGGCAUAAAAUUAAUUUAGGGUCAAAGACACCAUAACACCGAGUUAGACACCCCCCGAGAGAUGAAUGUUGCUGACUGCUCGCUUCUCUAGUUAUACCAACUUUAGUAACGACCGCGCGAUAGCAAUACACAGCGGUCUGAGGAGCCGUAAACAAACCUCAACCAAAACGCCACAAAUAAUACUCAGAACAGCACCUAACUUCAUCAACAGUACAUAUAGAGUGUACUGUGUAUUGCUAUCGUGCGGUCGUUACUAAAGUUGGUAUAACUAGAGAAGCAAGCGGUUGGCAACAUUCAUCUCUCAAGGGGGUGUCUAACUCGGUGUUACAGUGUAUUUGACCCUGACUUAAUUUUACGCCGGAAUAUCCCUUUAAAACCUGUUAAAUGAAACACUAUAAUUUAACUAUCUGAAGGAUGAUGGGGAUGGGUGAACUGGUUGGUGGUGUUACCCUCUUUUUGCGCUCACUUUUCAUCUGCAGGCUGGAGUGCCCACAAACAUCCUGUCUUUUUAGCAAUAAUGAGAAAAAAAGCUCUUUUUUGGGUGCAGGUAGAGUUUCUCACUUUCAUCUGUUUCAUCUUUCAUCUCCUCCACCAUGAAGCCACAGGCUGCCGUAAAAACCUGCUAGCUGGUUUCUGAGUCUCUUCAUCUCGCCUCUCUUUUGUGGCAGGUAGAAACCCGAGUAAAGAAGCACCACUGCUCCUACUAUGAACCAAUAAACUUCCCAGUAUUACUGCAUGCUUAUUUUUAGUAUAAAAUCAAUAUUUCAUCCUUUUAGAGAGACGAUUGUCAUCAAAAGCGGUACAUUACAUCAGCCCUCCUUUGUAGUAUGCUGAACCAGACUCUUAUUUUAUUGGGUGGUGGCUCUCUCUGCCUGUUGCUAGGAUAUAUUCUAGACAAAAAGCUCCUUGAAAAUUGAAUACAAACUGAGUGGCUCCAGGAAAAUGUGCAUUUGCAACAUCCCCAUGUGGCCUGGUUAUGACAGUCCAAGGUUUUGCAGUUAAUAAACUAGAAAUGCACUUAAGUUAUUAAAUAUUUCAGCUAAUAAAUCAGAAGAUAAAAAAGUUAAGGAGAUUUUUUAUUGGUGCGUUUCUCUGGUGAAGUUGUUGUUGAUACAACAGUUUACAUACAACUUUAUCUCCAUUUUCUAGACUGAAAUGUUGUCAAACCGUGUGGCGCUAUGAAACACCAUCUGUUCUUGUUUACAUCCCUGAGCAUUAUGGCAAUAUGGCAGCAGUUAUAGAGCUGCAGUCCCUGCUGGAUGGCUGAUCUACAGCUGGUCCAAAAUGAAGCUAUGGUGGGGCUGUAAGACCUGAAGUUAGUUUUUGUCGUCUGUUAUUUUGCUUCUGCACUUAUAACAGUACAGUUACGGUAAUAGAAUUCAUACUAUUUAUAGACUUGCUUUUACGUGAUGUCGUCUUUUAUCUUUUAUCUGUCAUCUCUUCUCUCUUUUACCUCGAUCUUAUUUCAGCUUUACUGUCUUUUUAGCUUUUCUUAAUUAACCUUUUAGGCCUUUUAUUGUUUUAUCUCUUGCUAAUUUCUGUUGCUCUAUUUUAUCAGUACUAUUAUUAUCAGUAUUACCUGUUAUUAUUUUAUAAUCAUUUUUGAUAUUGCCUUUUAUAUUUACUAUCCUGUUUCUGCUUUUGACCCCCUUCUUUUUUCUUAAAAGUGGGGUAUAUUACUCUUAUUAUUAUUAUCAUCAAUAUUAUUAUUAUUAUUAUUAUCAUCAAUAUUAUUAUCAUCAAUAUUAUUAUUAUUAUUAUUAUUAUUAUUACUCAAUGCAGCUUUCUCAUACACAACAUCGACACAGCUCAUCUGCUGGCUAACACAGCCGGUCUACACUGAUUGAGAGAGUCACACAGUAAAGCUUUGUCAUGUUUCCAGCCUCAUGCAUUGUGUUCCUCCCACCACGCUGCCUUUUCCUCUGUGAAGUGGGCUCCUAAAACCUCAACAAACCCGAGCAAGCGCUGCAAUGUGGGCUGCAUCGACUAAAGCUAUAAUUACAGCCCACGGCUCAGACAUCAUACGUUUGGCAGGGCAGGCUUUGUCUGCCAAAUGGAGGGAAAUUAGCCGCUAAUUGUAAGAUCAACUUUAUUUAACUGAUGUCUUUAUUCAAGUCGAGAUCAAAAAUUGAGAAAAUGUUUCAAAGGGAGUUGGUGGAUUUUUGAAUUUGAUCCAAAGAGGUUUUAUAUGCCACUGCCAAAAGUUUCACAGCUGAGAUGAAAAUACUCUUUUGAAGCCGACUAACUAUAAGAAUGAUUUUUCCUAUUCUCCCACAGCUCCAGGCAGUAAGUCUUGGCAGGCUGAGCACAGAUGUGAAUCCUGUUCCCUGGACCUGCGAGAUGACUCCAUCUACUGCAAUCAAACCAGCCUGUACUUCCUCUACGCUCAGGUCACCUUCAGCAGACACCCCAAGAAAAACGUGACCAAAUCCGUGAUCCUGAAGAGAAACGCCUCUUUUGGCUUAAGCAUGAAGAUACUGGUGGAGGGGACAUUUUCACCCAAGACAGAGGAUUCUGUGUGGGUGGCGAAGAUCGUCAGCCUCAUAAUGGGAGAGAGCAUCAGCUUAUACAUCACAGAGGAUUUUCUCACUGAAAGCACCUUCUGGGGGGCUUAUCAGCUGCAUUAACCCUGCAGGUCCAGAGGAUGUGCUGUCAUACAGGAGGGAAUCGUUUCGAGAUGGACUGAUCUUUGACCUCAAGAAAAACAAGCUGUACAACAUUUUAGUUCUGAUAUGUGGUCCUGGAUAUUUAGCUCUAAAUCGCAGGUGGUUUUAAUGCACAAUAAAAUCUUAUCUGUGUGAGGUGUAAAGCCUUUAAAACAUCUUUGAGGCCAACAUGGAACACUAAAAUGUGAAAAGCAAGGGCUGAUUUUGUAAUAAAUGUUCGUAUCUUAGUGACAAAGGGUAAACAAUUCUGCAGAAAUGUUCUUCUCUCUUUUUAUUUCAUAAGCUCCUGCUAGUUCUGUGUCAUAUUUACCACUUUUGCUUUGUAAAAGUAUAGCUAACUCGAUUUUUUAACUGACUUUUUAGGGCUUGAAUGUGUUUGUUUUCACUGCUGCGUCGAUGUGUAAUUUAUGAGAUGUCAUAUCAUUUUAAUUUACUUUCAUUAUUGGCGUGAAAGAGGAAGUAGAACGUUUUAAUUAAAGGCCGUUGAGCCCUUUGAGCUGACCACACGGUGGUGCCAAUUCCGUCCAACAUUAAAGCCUGAAUCUGUGUACUGAAUCUGUUUCCAAAUGUCACUUUCACAUCACAGAGCCUGAUGACGCUCUGAUCUCCAGUCAUUUACAGAAAGAAAAAGCAACAGCGACCACAAACACAUUCCACAGAUGCUCUAUAAAACCUCAGGAGUGUUGUUUUAAACUCCCACGAGCUCAAAACCUGUUGUUACUCACUCACACCGGAGGCUUAUUCUCUGUAACACAGAUUACUUAACACGCGGAUGAGUUGUUGUGCAAGCAGCGGCAACAGGUGCAAAACAGGAAGCCGCAAGCUUGGAGCUACACCAGUCAUACUGUCGACAACACAACCACAGACAUACUGUAUGUGAACUCCAAAGGCUGUCUGGUUUGAGUCCUGUUCGGCUCUUUGAUCUUAAACAUGAUGUUGAUAUUAAAAACUUUCUGACUUCA